AUGGCUGUUGAUGCUGGAGGGAUUGUCACUGUCAUCCUAUUCUAUUUGUUAAUCCUCGCUGUUGGAAUAUGGGCUGCCAAGAAAACUAAACGGAGGAUAAGUAGAAGUGAGAUACUUCAAAAUGAAAUUAUAAUGGUAGGAAGAAGAGAUAUUGGUCUUUUGCUUGGAAUUUUUACGAUGACUGCCACUUGGGUUGGUGGUGCUUAUAUAAAUGGCACAGCAGAAGCAAUCUAUCUUGUUAAACAUGGACUUGCAUGGACACAGGCUCCUAUAGGAUUUGCAUUAAGUCUUACCAUCGGUGGUUUGUUUUUCGCUAAGCCAAUGCGUUCAAAGAAAUAUGUGACCAUGUUGGAUCCAAUUCAGGAAACCUAUGGUAAUUGGAUAGGAAGCCUGUUCUUCAUCCCUGCUGCUUUGGGAGAGGUCUUUUGGACAGCAGCUGUUUUAUCUGCCCUUGGUUCAUCGCUGAGUGUGCUUUUUCAGAUCAAUGUUCACAUCUCCAUUAUUAUUUCUGCUUCGAUAUCAAUCAUUUAUACUCUAAUUGGCGGAUUAUACUCUGUUGCAUACACAGACAUGGCUCAGCUUUUCUGUAUCUUUAUGGGAAUGUACCUAAGCUUGCCUUUUGCUAUUUCACAUCCUGCUGUUACAAGUAUCAGUGCCACAUUUACACAGUAUGUUUACCGUGAGCCCUGGAUCGGAAAGAUACCUGCUAAAAAGGCCUGGGUCUGGAUUGACAACUACGUUCUGAUGAUUUUAGGAGGAAUCCCCUGGCAAGCAUAUUUUCAGAGGGUACUUUCUUCCUCCACAGCUGCUCGAGCACAACUGAUGUCCAUUGUGGCUUCUUUAUUCGUUCUAAUACUAGCUAUCCCGUCUGUAAUCUUUGGUGCAAUAGGAGUAUCAACUGAUUGGAAUCAGACUGCCUAUGGUCUUCCAGACCCAUCACACAGGAAUCAGUCUCAGAUGAUCUUACCCUUAAUGCUACGAUACCUUUGUCCAAGAUACAUUGGAUAUUUUGGCCUUGGAGCUGUCACUGCUGCUGUGAUGUCAUCGGCUGACUCUUCCAUCCUAUCAGCAAGUUCCAUGUUUACUCGGAAUAUUUAUCAUUGUGCAGUUAGGCAUGAAGCCACGGAUAAUGAACUGGUAUGGGUCAUGAGAGCAGCCAUUGUCACGUUUGGAGGAGCGGCAGCAGGAAUGACAUGGUUGUCUAAUUCUGUCUACGGAUUGUGGUAUCUAAGCUCAGAUCUCAUCUUUGUUCUUCUUUUUCCACAACUGGUCUCAGUACUUUUCAUCAAAGGAUCUAAUUCUUAUGGCUGCAUCACUGGUUACAUUAUUGGUCUCACCUUGCGUAUUUGUGGGGGAGAACCUUAUCUACGUCUAAACCCAUUUUUCUGCUUCACAAAGUGCUAUUUGGAUAUUGAGUUUCCAAGUGGACCAAUUUAUGUUCAACAAUUUCCAUUCAAAACAGUCUCGAUGUUAUUAUCCUUAUUGAUGAAUUUAAGCGUUUCAUAUCUGACCAAAUAUCUUUUUCAUAAUGGAAUGUUGCCUCCCAAGCUGGACUUCCUUGAAAACUUUGUUACAGAGUCUGUGAAAGGAAAAGAAAAUAAAGUAGAGCCACUGACAAAUGAUGACAGUGAUGUACACGAAGCAAAACCUUCAGAUAAAGAAGCAAAUGAUCAUCCUGACACUGAUUAUCCAAGUGAAGAGCCAGCCACCAAUGAAGUUUUGGAUCCAGUGAUUUUAAAAACAGAUAACUAA